AUGAAGUCCGAAAAAAAAGCUGAAAAUUCUCAUGAUCCACCACGUUUAAUAAUUCAAGAAGCAAGAUUAAAAUUAUCUUCAGACGCGGCUGCUGUUGUUCCACAAUGUUUAGCAUCACAACGUUCAGUUCAGCGUACCCAAAAGGAUAAUGAUAUUCCAAAAGAACCUACUUCGUUUAGUGAAAUUGUUAUUCCACUUAAAUUUCAAUUAACAACUUCAAAUCAACAAUUUUUACUAUAUGAUAACGAUGAUAAUCAAAAUCGAUUAUUAAUAUUUGCAAGUCGAGACCAACUGGAUCUUCUUAAUGGAUGUGAAAUAUGGCAUUGGGAUGGUACCUUCGCGGUUGCACCAAAAUUAUUUGAGCAAAUGUAUUCUAUUCAUGGCUUAAUUCGUGGAAAAACAUUACCGUUAAUAUAUUCUCUUUUACCAAAUAAAAAAGAAGAAACAUAUGAAACAUUAUUUCGAGUAGUACAACAGCAUGUUCAACGCGUACCACGUUAUAUAACAAUAGAUUUCGAAAAAGGAGCAGAAAAUGCAUUUGCUAUUGUGUAUCCUCAAAGUCAAAUGCUUGGUUGUUUUUUUCAUUUUAAGCAAAAUAUUUGGAGGAAUGUUUCAGAACUUGAUCUGAAAAAAGAAUUUCUUGAAAAUAACAUUAGUCGUCGUACUAUGAAAAAUUUAGCAGCAUUAGCAUUUGUUCCUGAACAAGAUGUCAUUCGAACAGUUACUAAAAUUAAAGAAUCUGCUAAUGAAAUCUUAGACGGUAAAAACCUUUAUCUUUAUGCAUACUUUCACUAUUUGAAACGUUGA